AUAUAUAUAUAUAUAAUGGUGGAUUGGGGUCCAAUGGUGAUAGCAGUGGUGUUGUUUGUGUUGCUAAGCCCUGGUCUUCUGUUUCAAUUGCCAGGGAAGAGCAAAGUGGUGGAGUUUGGGAACAUGCAAACCAGGGCAGUGUCUAUCUUGGUCCACACAAUCAUCUUCUUUGGUCUCAUUACCAUCUUUCUUGUUGCUAUUGGUGUGCAUAUCUACACUGGCUAGCCUUAUCGCCCUCACUCCUUUAAAUCUUUAAUUAUUCUAUUCUUUUUGGUUAAAGUUUUAGUAAUUUUUAUCUUGUUAUUCUUUUUUGAUUUGGUCACUGUAUUCUCCCAUUUCUCAUGUCCUCGUCGAAUAAUAACUCUACUUCUCUUUAGUCUUUGAGAUUCCAAGAUUAGGACAACUUUGGUUUGUAUAGAAUCAUAGAAUGGAAUAACUUGCACGUACUGCACACACUGAUAUCACAUCAUAUGGCUUAAUGUUUUAUGCUUUGAUGAA